AUGGCCUCUUUUACAGCAGCCAGUUUUCUCGCCGAAGCGACUAUUGCAGCCUUUCUAGAAACUCAUCUAGAUAGCAAUGUCAAUAAAGUGUUGCGAGAGAGGAAGACCACAGAUCCUUUCAAGGUUCAGACACCUAUUCAGGCCCUCGAUGAGGUCUUGCGCGAGGGUAAUGCCUCCCCUGAGUCUGUGAGCAUUCUCCGGUUCCUGAAAGCUCUUUUGAACUACUGUAGCGAUGCAGCAGUUGUGGCAGAUCCCGACCUUGGAGCCAUUUCAGUGGUCGCUCUUGCUGUCUGUGGAUGGAUUCUGCAGCAGUUGAACCCAUGCAAGUCUGCUGAUUUGGAAGACGAACUGGUGAAGCUAUUGUUCCCGAAGACAGAGCCCAACAAGGGCCUUCAUCCUUCCAAGAAAUCUGAUUUUGAGGUCAUAUGUGCCAACAUGGGAUUGGAAUUCUCAACAUUUCAACCACCCAAGGCGCUGAGCGAGCCCGUUCUUAUCCAGUUGCAGCAUACUGUAUUCAAUGGGGAGCCUCUAAGAGUAAUGUGUCGAGUCCUUGAUCAGGGUCUGUUCGGUACUGCUAUCAAAGCCCCAUUACUUGCUCCCAUACGUGCCAUUCUGGUUACUAUGGCUCAGGAAGGUCAUGGCAUCGGCACCCCCGACCUGCUAACCCGAGCGGCCACCCGUCUCAAGUAUAAGGAGCCGGCCUUCCCUGAUGCGCUAGAGGUUGUUCAGUCACUCAAAGUGCUGGCUGGGAUAGCGGAAGAUCCAAGGGACGUCCCGAUCAUGUACCGCAAGCAAUACCGUACGCUUCGUGAGAUCACACAAGCUGACAAGCAGUAUUGGAUCACGCUUAUGAUCGGCGAAGGUAUGGCGAAGCAGAAUGCCUUGAAAAUAUAUGACUGUGCAGAGCGUGUGGAUUGCUGGAAUGAGAACAUGUGGCUGUCCCUGAUGCAAUCGCGCCGAGCCAAAUUCACUCCGAUUGCAGCGCGUGAAAUUCAGCAACUUCCCAAUGACGACGAUGAAGAUCCGGCACGGGCGAAACACAAUCUGACCGAUAUAUUCAAACUGGAAGACAUCGCCUGCGAGACCUGUUGCUCAGUGACCAGCCUGUCAGCAUACUUUGCGGACUUGCUCAGUCUGCUCAAGUCCACACCUUGUGGAAACACAAAUCUGCUGGAGAUUCUCUCUCUGCGAAGACCCGACUUGACCAGACUAGAGCUGACGUGUGCGAACGCGCAAACACUUGUGCCGUACGUGAGCUUAGUAAACGAAGUCCUAGAGUCAUUCAUCAUAGCCAAGAACCGCAACAAGAAAGCAGGAGCCGCAAUCAACUACGACAGUGUUCGUGUCUUCAACACACCGGAUAGUGGCCAUAACCAUUCUGAAACUGCAAUUCACCGUCCCGGAAACACUAUACUUGAAGCCUAUAAAUUGAUCUCGAAGCAAAUGUUCCCCUUCGCGGACUUCCCAUAUAGCCAGGCCCGAGACACAUUGACGCAGUAUUUUGCCACAUUUCAUGUAACCAUGCUGGAUCUUGCAAAGACUUUUCAGGCUCCUGAAUCGGUGUUGGGUCCUGUUUUGAAGACUUUUAAUUCAAAUGGAGAUGUCAAUGCGCAAUACCGACGCAUUGAGGCAGGCGUGCUUGACACCUUUGAACGCUAUCGUGCGGCCGAGAUACUUGGCUUGCAACUAGCAGAAUUUGUUGCAAUCACUGGAGAAACGUUUUACCCCAAAUGGCUGGCUGAAACACUGAUGGGCCUAUCGAAAAAUCCAUUAGCUAUUGACAAGGAAUGCCCCUGGACUGCAGCGGACCUAUGGGGCUACGAUGCGACUACUAUCAGAGCUAAGAUGCAGAAUGAAGCUGAUGCUAAGUUGCGAAAGGCAAUCAGAUCCGGUGGUGACCUUCCAAGAGCUGAAGUGACUCUUGAAAUGGCCGCAGAAGCAGCGAGGGAGGCACUGCUAGAUCCACAAAGGGGUAUCUCAAGAAUCAAAAAGCAGUUAAUGCGACGAUCAGGCCUCAACUUCCAAAGCAUCUUUGACCUGGUCAAGACACAGUGUUUUAGUCAGCACCUUGUCAUUACCAAUUUGAAAGGCUCUGGCAAGUUUACAAACUCUUUGGAAGAGCUACGUCUGAUGUCGGGGGCUUCCGAGCCACCAUUCAGGCCACUGACGGAGGAAACCGCGCUCGCAUUGCAAUCAUUCAUGCGUGUUCAGGCGAAGCUCGGAUGGUCGACGAAGCAAUUGGAUGCUGCUGUGGUUUGUUUCCGAACCCUCGAGAUGUCAACGAGUCCACAUAUCAAACGCAGCAGUGCCGCCACCUCACGAGAGGUCAUAUCGAUCACCCCGUUCGUUUUAAAGGCACUCGCAGCAGUUGUCGAGCUGAGCCAACUCUGCAAGGGAAGCUUUCUUGAUCCCAUAGAACUUCUGCCGCUAUGGGGCCCCAUUGACUGUUUCGGCGAGGACUCUCUAAUGCACCGCAAAUUUCUAUCCCCUGCAGCCGGCGAGGUCGAUAAAUUAUUUUUCGCGCCUCUCUCCAAAUCCGGCAUUGCGAAUAAACUUGGUGACUACUUCAAGCUACAAUCAGGGCUCGGAUCUAAGAAGCUCACAUCCUUCCUACUAAGCGAGCGUAAGAAUGGUAUUUGUGUGAGUCUCGGAUGGCCAAUCGAGUUCUUCGACGAUCUACUAGCGGCCAGCGGACAGAAGGGAGAGUAUCUGAAUGUACCUUCAUUCUCUGCUCUUUAUCAACAAGUCUUGCUUUGCAAACUACUUUCUAUUUCUGCUGCUCAAUUCGCCGCUUUCUUUGCUGUUUUCCGUGACUCUGGUGGCAGAGAGUCCCUUGCCAGUCCCAUGUCUACAGUCUCAACUAUUCGAGCAUGGAAGACCUUACUUCAAACCGGAUGGACGGUCUCCUCUCUAUCCAAUGUCUUGAACCCCUUGUCGCAGCCUUGUGAGGAUAAUGCUCAGGCUUUAGCCAUGGCCUCAUCCAUCCUGCAAGGCGCUCAAGAUAUUCGAAAAUCUGUGCCAUUCGUCUUUGUAGGAGGUUCCGAGGUGGCGACUACUCUUCAUGUCGCAGAUUGUGCAGCCCGUACAUUUGAUUCUUCUACGGCCACCACUGUGACGGAUUUUAUCGAGGGCUCACAAGUCCAGCUGGAGAGAGUGGAUACCACGGAUAGUAACGAGUUACAAAGUCUUGUGAAGGGCGUCUCUGAGCUUCCAUACAAGAUCAAGGUCACUCCUGAGAUUGGACACAAUAAUAAAUUGAGUCUGGAGCUUCAGCUGACUGGCAUCCUGUCUGCCAAGGAAAGGGAUCAGGUUAAAUCCUUCUCAACACAAGCUCUUUCCGAUGCAGAGAACAAAAGCAUCAUAGCUGCAGUUCUCCAAAUGGCUGAUCAAGCUGUAGAAGUACGAGGGAAGAUUGCGACGCGAUUUGGCUCUGAAAGAUUUACUAGUCUGUUCAAAGCUGAUUGGCCGGAGCUCACGAUCGAAAGAAAGAUUGAAGAGGAAAAAAGUGACGUCGAGGAGCGUCUUCUCUCGGAGCUCGCGCUCCAGGUGCGAGCCCGGCGAAAGGCUUUUAUUGAGCUCGCUGGUCCCACAAUUAUCCAAGACUUGCUAGAGGCAUACAUUUUGAACCUCAUGAAAGACCUUAUACCGGACCUAGAUGUCUCAAUUGUGGCCGUCAUCAUCUCCCGUGUUGUGCGGGUGGCCUCUGCCUCUGGUGUGAGUAACGACACGAAGGAAUCAGUGAUGAGCGCUAUGAAAUCCCUGAGCGAGGGCAAGGGAAGCAAUUCUUCCGGGGGGACGGGGACCACCGGAGCCACAUCUGAGGAGCCCCACCUGACUAUCAAUGGAAUCACAUUGGCUUAUAGUCCCACGUCCAGGUCGUUCAUGGGAACACGGAUGAGAGGUGGCCAGGCAUACCUUCUGAAGGCUAACUUCGCAUCCUCGGAGUUGCAGUGGUCAACGCCCAAAUUGCUACCGGCUUCCAUGACUGACAAGAUGUUGCUGCCAUCAUUUGUCAUUCAACGUGCUUCAACUAUCAUCAGUGCUGUGAUGAAGGUUGCGACUAUUUGUCGAGUCAUGUCACUGACUGCUGAAGAGCUCGGGUAUUUUGCGAGUGCGCUAGAAGCCCAACAGGCUCAAACCCAGGGAGACUUGACAUCACGCCGGAUGUUAGCUAUUGACCUGAACGCACCCUCCAUUGCAGAUCUCAUUCAGUUACAACAGUACUCCGAUCUAAGACGGAACACUUCGAUGCAAAAGACGCUGGAGUCACAAGGAACCAAUCCCCUGCUUGCAAAGAUUUCUUGGUUGAGUACUACUUCAACCACAACCAUGGCAGAUCUUACAUCGAAUCUUGUUGCUGGCACUCGAUGGGAUCAGUCUCGAAUGCUCGCAGCUAUCAAAGCCAAGUAUGGUGUCAAAGAGCCAACAGACUCUGACGCAGUGACAAUACUUACUGAGUUGCGUAAUAUGGACUCCCUCCAUAGUCUUUAUGCGAUAAUGCAGCUAGAUGAGCGCCUUGGCAAGGCCAUUGGUGGACCAGCGUCACGACCAAGCAUAUCGACUCUAUUCCAACUCGCGCAGCCGCCCAAGUUACUAUCGGUGGAUGAUUCCGAUAUAGCACGCACCCUCCAAACAAGGCUGAUGCCUGAUCAGCGUGCCCAGUUCGACGGCCGCUUGAUGGAGAACCAGCGACGUGCGCUCGUGGCAUACCUGCUUCAACAGCAAUACGUGCGCAAGGAUCUCAAGAUUUGGGAUGCAGAUGGCCUGUUCGAGCAUUUCCUGAUCGAUGUUCAGAUGGGUCCAGUCCUGUGUACUUCUCGCAUCAAGCAAGCCAUCUCAGUCGUGCAACUAUUUGUACAACGAUGCCUAAUUGGUCUGGAGCCCAGUGUACCGAAAAAUACCUUAGUACGUGCCAAAUGGGAUUGGAUGCAGCAAUACAGUCUCUGGGAGGCAAAUCGAAAGCUCUUCUUGUAUCCCGAGAACUGGUUAGAUCCUUCUCUGCGUGACGACAAGAGCCCUCUGUUUGAGAAGUUUGAGGCUAGCCUCAUGCAAAAAAACCUCACACCUGUCACCUUUGUGGAUGCGAUUCGAGCCUACAUCGCUGGGCUGAACGAAAUCGCGAGUCUUGACGUGGUCGCCUAUGCCCAUGAGCAGGUUCACGAAGCCAAGGAUACAUUUCACCUUUUUGGUCGAACUCGUUCUGCGCCACACUCAUUCUAUUAUCGUCGAUUGACUGUACAGUGGCCCAGUGGCGCACGAUUGUGGCGACCGUGGUCGGCGAUCGAGAUCGACAUUCCUUCUGUGGAGUCAGACUGGGACGGAUCUCGAUCAACCGGUUCGGGAGCAUAUAUAUUGCCUGUUGUUGUCCCGGGAGGUCGUCUAUAUAUCUUCCUACCUCAGAUCGCCCCCAAGACGUUAGAAAGGAAGCCCAAUGACUCGGACAAGUUGAAAAAGUUUGAUGACUUCCGUAGUACUGCGGUUAAUGAAAUGGCUCCCCGACGGAUUUGGGAGAUUACCAUGGCCUGGACAGAGCUCGUCAGCGAACAAUGGUCGCCGAAGCGGAUGUCCCCUGGCAGCGUGACAGUGGAGUCCGGAACAAUGCCUGCGGUGACGGCCUUCCGAGUUGAUACCAUCACCAAUUCGGUCUCCAGAGCCGUAAGGCUUGUUGUGAGCUACACGAACUCAAAUGACGGGCUAGCGACCGUAGUCGGAUAUUUCGUCUUCCGGAACGACCAGAUUCAUGCUGUUGACCUUCCUGUGGGGGCAUUUGCGCCUGCAGGGGUGUAUGCGCUCAAUCGCAAACUGCCCAGCUCGUUCCAACAAAUCAGCGUUGAUGUCGACAUAGAAAAGGAAGGAUCACAGUACGCGAAAAUGUCACUGCCGGAGGCAUCUAAAUCUGAAAGGCAGGAAGAGAAACCUGAAGUACUUGCCUGGGUACCGGAUGCGAUUGAAAAGCUGAACAGGAAGAGCAGCGACCCGAAAAAGCAACAUAUUGAUCUUCCUCGUGGCCAGCUGCCGCUUAAAAAGAUCACCUGGACACUUGCGAUGGAUUCCAAGGAGGAGAAACUGACAGGUCUUGCCCUCAGUGCCAGUGGCGCCGAUGGAACAUGCAAGAGUUACUUCAACAUUCCCGAUUCAAAAGGGCGCGGUCUCUGGUGGACCUGGGACAGCAUGCGCGAGAACAUGGAUACUGUUGUAUUAGACCAUGUCUCUUCGACAGAGCUGAUGCAGGCCGCCACAGAUCAGACAAACCCACUAAAGAGUGUAUUUGAUUUGAUUUCGUCUUCAGCAUCCUCUUUUGGGUUAGAGUCUUUUGGUGCUUACGAGGAUGAAGGUUGUCAUGAGCUGGGACAGCCCAGCGCGAUCUAUAACUGGGAGAUCGGGCUGCAUUCUGUUAUGAUGGCCAUGGAUCGGUUCCAUGCUUCGCAGCAGUUUGACGAGGCAUUACAAAUUGCUCGAUUGGUGUUUGACCCGACAAUUGAUACCGACGUGAAGCGACUGAUGAAAAACGUAAGCACCAAUGCACAGCCGGGAAAUGAACAGGAAGCAGACGUGAAGUCGGAGGUUGUUGUCUCUCUUCUUGCCGCGAGUGCAGCCAGAAUUGAUUCGGACCAGACAACCCUUACUGUUCAAAAGCAACCUCUUGGAUCUGCAUGGCGAUUCCCUCCAUUCCAGGACAUUGCGAGACGUAUUGCAGAAGAGAAAAUCAAAAGCCCGAUCGCAACAGACACUCAAACAGGCCCUGACUCAAAUAGAGAGCUGCAGGCUGCAAUUCUGGAACGGCGAUCCCAUGGUACGCUUGUACAUGCUACAGCCCGUGGUCGUCCCGAGGCGUACAUGAAAUGGAUUGUCAUGAAAUAUGUUGAGAUUCUGAUAGCUAGUGGCGAUGUACAUUUCCGCAAGGCUACUCUUGAAAGUUUGCCACUCGCAACUCAAAGAUACAUUGAAGCCAUUCAUGUAUUGGGUCCGGAGCCACCACAGGUGGCGCGUUUUGGAGACCACAAAAGCAUCGGGCGAGAUUCUACCUUUGAUGACUUGAGCAGAGGUCGUGAUCCAUGGACUUUCGAGCGUCUCUAUCAGGAGAACAUGAACUUCGGGAUUCGCUUGCCUUUUUCGCCGGAGCUAAAGCUGAUUCAGGGUGCAGCUACCAGUGGGGAUAAGGAUAAGGCCAAGGAGAAUGUAGUUGGCUUCCUUCUCACUCCGUACUUUGGGGUGCCCUUGAAUCCCAAGUUUGCACAAGUUCGCAGCGUGAUCAAACAGCGCUUGUUCAAUGUACGGAAUAGCUUGGAUAUCGACGGUCGUCCCAUAUCAUAUGCGCUGAUUGAACCCUCAAUCGACCCGGGGGCGCUCGUUGCGCUGAGCGCAGCGGGGCUCAGUAGUGCCGAUGCGUUGGCCAUGGUCAUGGGUGAUCGGGACAGUCCGCUGCCUCGUCAAAGAUUUGAUUUCCUGAUUCAUCGAGCGCUUGAUCUCUGUGGAGAGGUUCGUUCCUUGGGCGAAAGACUUAUGAUUGCAAUUGAAAAGAAGGAGGGUGAAACAUUUGGUGUCUUGCGCGCAAAGCAUGCAACGGCCAUUCAGCAGAUGAUGCAUGACAUCAAAGAGACGCACAUUGUGGAGAGUCAGCAGACUAUUGACUCCUUACAGUUAAACCGCGACUCUCUUACGUCGCAGCUUGCCUACUACCUUGCUCUCCUUGGAGAAUCUGAAUCGUUGAUACCCAGUAGAAAGGCUGCUUGGAACGAUUUGAAACAAGACAUCGAUAAGCCGAGCCAGGGUGAAUUGCGGAUGUCGGAAUACGAAGAACUUGAGAUGAGUUUGGCCACAUGGGCAAUGGGUCUUAAUGUUGCCUCCGCGGGCAUUGAUGCGCUUGUGGCUCCCUUUUGCAUGGUUCCAUCUGUCUCCAUUAAUGCUAUGCCUAUGGGUGUAGGUACCACCGUUGCUGCCGGCGGUGGAAGUAAUAUCGCUACUUGCAUGCAGGCCGGAUCGGCGGCAAUAAAGAUGGCUGCUAUGGUAGUCGCAGAGAGGGGAAAUCAAGCAGCGCGUAAAGCCCAACUGACGCGCCAACUGCAAGAGCGUCGCUUGCAAGCCAAUAUACGCGGACGAGAGAUUAAGGGUGUUGAUAAGCAAAUUGAAAUUCAGGAAACGCGCUUGAAAGCUGCAGAGCAAGAGCUGGAAAUGCAAAACGCGGAGGUUGAAGAGUCAAAACAGGUGGAAGCAUGGUUGCGUUCCAAGUACACCAACGAGGCCCUUUACAGCUGGGUUGAGAAAACACUUCGGGCGCUGAGGGGGGCUCUGUCAUUCGAGAAUGGCCGCAGGAUGUCUGUUCUACGUCCAGGUGGCUACUGGGAUGCAUCAAGAGAUGGUCUCCUCGCGGCCGAUCAUCUCUACCUAGACUUGAAGCGUCUUGAGGCCGCUCAUCGUGAGGGACGGAGACACGAUUAUGAAAUUAGCAAAACAAUCUCGCUACGCCAAGUCGAUCCACUGGCCCUCAUGCGACUACGUAUCUCUGGUAGCACGACGUUCUCACUCAGUGAAAUGCUCUUUGAUCUCGACUUCCCUGGUCAUUACAUGCGAAGAAUUCGUUCGGUCGCUGUAUCUGUCCCUGCUGUGCUCAGCCCUCACUGCGGCAUCAAUGCCACAUUAACUCUACAGCAGCACAAAUACCGCGUAUCACAAACUGCCUCAACUUCAGAGGAGUACGCUACCUCAUGGUCAAAAAUUUCCGCUGGGAACGACGAGGCUUUCCGCACAGAUCGAGUGCCUGUCUCCGCCGUGGCCGUCAGCUCUGGCAACCAUGAUCCGGGUGUUUUCGAGCUGAACUUUGCUGGCGAGCGUUACCUACCCUUUGAAGGAGCUGGCGUCAUUUCUUCUUGGCGCUUGGAUCUUCCUCAGGAGAUAGCUCGUUUUGACUACAACAGCAUCGCCGACGUCCAGUUACACAUCCAAUACACCUCUCUAGAUGGCGGUGCCUGUCUUCGAGGGGCGGCCAAUGGUGCAGUCCGCAGCGCCCUGAAUACUGGUCAUGAAAAUGGUUUUUGGGCCAUGUGGAACUUGAAAAAUGACUUUGUCAAUGAGUGGUAUGACUUCAGUACUCAGAUCGCUGCCGCAAGGGAGAACAGGAGUGCGAGCACUGAAGACUCUAAUAUCACCAUGACAUUAGGCGACUUGGAGGAGCGUUUGCCAUUUUGGGCUAAGAGAAUUGGCAAAUUGGAGGCCAGAGGCAUCACAUUUGUUACCAAGCAUAAAGGGUUACUUGAUGCGUUGACUGUCUCGGUUGCUGAGGGAACCAGCGAAUCUACUGAGAUUCUGGAUUGGCAAGUCCGCUCCUACAAGAACCUCCAGGAGAAGAACUGGAAGAAUUGGACGAUUGCUGUGCAGACCAAUAGCCUCAACCAGGAAGAUGAAGUCGGGGAUGUGUAUAUAUUGGUGCUGUAUGGAAAGCAGUCGUCGUAA